AUGCCUGUCUGUUCUGUCAUCCGCUCCGUUAAACUGAAUACUACACUUAGUUUCUUGGUAGUUGUUCCCACUGCACUUCAUCAGCUUGUGAAUCCCAGCUAUAUACCCCUUCCAGUGGGUAGCUGGACAGUUCGUAUCAAGCAUCCUGGACACAACCAUGGUCCUAUAGGUUCAGAAACCCAGGACACCAAAUGCCCGGUUGCCGAGAGUCUUACAGUCAUCAAGCAAUGUUUGACCAUGAUAUCCAUGACCUUAUUUUUGAUUUCAAAACCAAAGCGCAAGAGGAAGAUCAAGAAAGCGCCCAAAGGACCAGAACCUCUCCCUACAGCAUCGAUAUCACCGCCUACUGUUUUGCAUAACACAGUUCCAGAGCUCUCACCCCCUGUCCAGGUCCCAAACGCCCUCGUGGACGUUGUUAACAUAUCACGUCUACCGCCAGCUACCCCAUCUUACGCAGUGAAAGCAUUGGACUCAUCGCCAACAAACUCGGCAUUUUGUCUCAGGUUUAAGCCAUUGGGCAAUUAUGAUUCAGAAGCAUUGCCCACACCUGCACCUCCCAGUCCCGCCAACCCUGUCACAAGUGUGGACUCUCCACUGCCUUCACCAACAUCCAUCAUUCCAGCCAUCAUUACAACUCUAAGUCCACGCGGAUGUUCAGGUCCCAGUCUUCCUAUCACUCCAACCAAUAAUAAUGGUGAUGAUAGCUUUGAUAUUGUAUUGCUUCUCCCAAUCACAAGCCCAUCAAAGCACCCAGAAGAAUCAUGCGCAACCUUUAAUACCAUCCAGACCAAACAGCUCACAUGUACCAAUGUAAGGCCCACCAGCUUGACCCCACAGGACCAUUAA